AAGAGGGGGAAGGAGAGGGAGUUCAGAGACAUAGCACACAACACCAUGGCACACGUGCUCUCUCUCCGUGUGCUUCUCUCUGCGGAGACCAACAAAAGUUCUUUUUCUUCUAAGUCCCUGAAGUUGGAUAAGAGAACAAAGACAUCCAUUUCUGCUCCUAGGAAAGGUAAUUUGAAUCCCUCACACAAAACCCAGAAGGUGAAUUUGGAGAUUUCUCCUCACAGAGCUGUUUCUGCAGUGAGAUUGAUGAGAAUAGAGAUGGGAGGUGCUUUUGCUGAUCUUCUCAAUGAGAAAGGCAAGGGUUCUGGUGCAAAUGAGAUGGGAUAUGUAGGAAGAACUCUUGGGUUUCGCACACGGGAUUUAGAGGAUCGUGAUCUUAGAUUGGUCACUGAUAUUGUUGGAGGUACAAUCCGCUGGAAGAGAUAUCUUGAUCAUUUGAUUAGUUCACUGUGUCAUGAUGCAAACACAUUUACCAGGAUGGAACCACUUCUUUUGCAGAUUCUCCGGAUUGGUUUCUAUGAGAUAAUUAAGCUGGAAAUGCCACCAUAUGCUGUUGUAGAUGAGAAUGUGAGGCUUGCAAAAGUUGCCCUUAGACAUGGUGCUGGCAACAUGGUCAAUGCAAUUCUCCGGAAGCUUGUUCUUCAUAUGGAAAAUAGCUCUCUUCCUCUACCCAAAUUGGAGGGUGAUGAUCGCACACAAGCACGUGCUCUUGCCACUCUGCACUCUCAUCCAGUUUGGAUGGUAAGGCGGUGGACAAAGCAUCUUGGACAAGAAGAAGCAAUUAGAUUAAUGAUGUGGAAUAACAGCGAUCCUAGUUUCAGCUUAAGGGCAAACAGUGGGAAAGGUGUUUCAAGAGCUGACCUUGUGACGAAGCUUGAUGUGUUAAAGGUUCCGCACGAGCUCUCUUUUUAUUUGAAUGAUUUUGUCCGUAUGAAAACAGGGUUGCAGAUGGUCAUACAAGCUGGUCUAUUGAAAGAAGGUUUAUGCUCAGUUCAGGAUGAGAGUGCAGGUCUGGUAGUUUCUGUUGUAGAUCCUCAACCGGGUGAAAGCAUUGUUGAUUGUUGUGCUGCUCCUGGAGGAAAGACUCUUUACAUGGCAUCCCUUUUGAGUGGCCAAGGUAUGGUACAUGCAGUUGACAUAAAUGAAGGCCGGUUGAGAAUCCUCAAAGAGACGGCUAAGUUGCACCAAGUAGAUGGUGUCAUCACCACUAUCCAUGCAGAUAUCCGUACUUUUUCUGACAAUAAUACUAUGAAGUGUGAUAGAGUUCUGUUGGAUGCUCCAUGCUCUGGAUUGGGUGUUCUCUCCAAGAGAGCAGACUUGCGUUGGAACAGGAAAUUAGAGGAUAUGGAGCAGCUUAAGAAUUUGCAGGAUGAGCUCCUUGAUGCAGCUUCCCUAUUGGUCAAGCCUGGUGGAGUUUUAGUAUACAGUACCUGCUCUAUAGAUCCAGAAGAGAAUGAAGAGAGGAUAGCUGCAUUUCUUCUCAGGCAUCCAGAUUUUUGCAUAGAUCCUAUUGGCAGAUAUGUACCACCUGAUUUUGUAACCGAGCAUGGUUUCUAUUUCUCCAAUCCUGUAAAGCAUUUCCUUGACGGGGCAUUUGCUGCUCGUUUAAGCCGAGCUAUAUAACUGUUUAUUUGAGACAAUUUCCUUUGAACAAGAAACCCUGAGAACUUAAUUUGUGUUCUUCAUUUUCCUGAGCUGGGGUCAGGUUCUGGAAAUAUGUUCAAACAAGUUUUACAUAUCUUUGGGGCAAGUUGCAACCGGGGGAGUAAAAUACUGUUGCCGGGGAAAAGAACUGAAUCAGCCACUAUAAGAUCUGUGGGCACAGCAAAGGUCAUUUGCAUGGAGGAUAACCUUCAUAUAUGCUAGGGGGCUGGGUUUCACUGAUUCUGAAUUUGGGUGAUGACAUAUGAGAACUGCAGCUGCUAGAGAGCUCAACCAAAUGAUGAGAUGAGGAUUCAAAUAUUGGCUGUGCAGGAGGCAGUGUGGAAAA